GCGAAGCAAUCUUCAUAGGGAUUUGUGGAAUGGGUGGCAUAGGUAAAACGACUAUUGCAAGGGUAGUAUAUGAUAGGAUUCGUUGGCAAUUUGAAGGGAGCUGCUUCUUAGCAAAUGUCAGAGAAGCUUUUGCUGAGAAAGAUGGACGACGCCGUUUGCAGGAGCAACUUCUUUCUGAAAUCUUAAUGGAACGUGCUAAUAUAUGCGAUUCUUCUAGAGGUAUUGAAAUGAUAAAGCGGAGGUUACAACGUAAAAAGAUUCUUGUUGUUCUUGAUGAUGUAGAUGACCAUAAACAACUAGAAUCCCUGGCUGCGGAGAGUAAAUGGUUUGGUCCAGGGAGCAGAAUUAUCAUAACAAGCAGAGAUAAACAAGUGUUGACUAGAAAUGGUGUUGCUAGAAUUUAUGAGGCUGAGAAAUUGAAUGAUGAUGAUGCUCUUACGUUGUUUAGCCAGAAAGCUUUAAAAAAUGACCAACCUGCUGAAGAUUUCGUGGAACUAUCCAAGCAAGUUGUGGGUUAUGCUAAUGGCCUUCCACUGGCUCUUGAAGUUAUAGGUUCGUUUAUGCAUGGAAGAAGUAUCCUUGAAUGGGGAAGUGCGAUUAAUAGACUAAAUGAUAUUCCUGACCGUGAAAUUAUUGAUAUGCUUCGCAUUGGUUUUGAUGGCCUCCAUGAAUUAGAGAAGAAAAUAUUUUUAGACAUUGCCUGUUUCCUGAAGGGGUUUAAAAAAGAUCGAAUAAUAAGGAUACUUGACAGCUGUGGAUUCCAUGCACAUAUUGGAACACAAGUUCUUAUUGAGAAAUCUCUCAUAAGUGUCUCUCGGGAUCAAGUCUGGAUGCAUAAUUUAUUGCAGAUAAUGGGUAAGGAAAUUGUUCAUUGUGAAUCCCUUGAAGAGCCUGGAAGGCGCAGUAGAUUGUGACAUACGAGAAUGUCUGCCUCGCACUA